AUGUCUUCUUUGAGGCUUCAGGUGACAGGCGUCAUCCUGGCCUUGCUUGGCUGGCUGGGCACCAUAUUGAGCUGCGCGCUGCCCAUGUGGAGGGUGACAGCCUUCACCGGCAGCAAGUCCUCCCAAGGACAGAUCAUCUCAGAAGGCUUGUGGAAGAUUUGCAAUUUUCUGAACACAACCCAGAUUCAAUGCCCGGAAUAUGAGUCACUGCUGCCAUUGCCAAAGGACCUGCAGGUGGCCCGUGUCCUCAUGGUCACCUGCAUCAUUGUGGCUGCUCUGGGCUUGCUGUUCUCUGUGGUGGGGGGCAAGCGCGCCAAGAGGGUGGAAGAGGAGACCGCCAAGGCCAAGGUCACGACCAAGGCAGGUGUGAUGUUCCUGAUGGCAGGCCUUCUGGUGCUGGUGCCCGUGUGCUGGACAGCUUAUAACAUUACGUACAGCUUCCUCGUCUCUCUGGAGGACUCUGGGGAGAGUCAGAAGAUGGGGACAUCGCUCUACAUCGGUUGGGCCGCCUCGGGACUGCUGCUGCUUGGAGGGAGUCUGCUGUGCUGCACUUGGGUGCCUCACCCCACCCACCAGCCCUACUCUGCCAAGUACUCCGCUGCCUGCACCGAUGUCGUGUAA